AGAACAGGCAUGGAUGAUGAUAUUUUUAAAGAGGUAGGUACCUCCUAUGUACGUUGUUAAUGCUACCUUCUUUAAAAAGGCAUGGACAACUGGUAGUUGUUCCUAUCAUACUGUAUAAAAUGCAACAGCAAAGGGUUUCUAUUCUAACCCUAACCCAACCAUACAUUUCCUAGAUAAUGUACCGAUUACCAUAUACACUAAUACAGACAUCAAGACCUGUAGAAAGCCUCGUUAUGAGUACGAGCAAUACCUUUACUUCUGGAUGCUUUGGGGGCAAAGCAGAUCAUGACGAUGAUAUGACAAGCCCGCUACCUCGGCCGCCAACAGAAAAUAAUUAUCGUGCAACAAGCACGAUGCUUGAAGACUCAUCCGGGCCACAAACGUGGCAUAAACUCUUCGGACAACUAAUAUUGCAUCGCAAAAAGCUUGCCACAGCACAGGAUGUACCUCUCUAUGCGAUAGCCUCAAACAAAGCCUUGGAGCAGCUAGCCAAGAUUCGCCCGACUAAUAAGAACCAGCUUUUGAAGGUGAAGGGCAUCGGAAACCAAAGAGUCGAGGCGUAUGGCGACGAAUGGCUAAAGAUUAUUUCGGAAGACAUCGCUAAGUAUCCCAAGAGGAGCGUUGUUAUGACGGAUUUGCCUUCAGAGUCUAGGGUUAUGAAUGGGCCUCGUCAAAGAGAUAACUUCCAGGACCAACAGGAGUCUGAUUCGUUCAAAGAAUUAUACAGACGCCUGGCAGAGCAUCGGAGGACCUGUGCUAUUAUAGAAAACCGACCCGCAUAUAUAGUUGCUUCUAACUCACUUCUAGAAAGUCUUGCCCGGACGCGUCCCUCGAAUCAGCGUGAGCUUCUAAAUAUACAUGGAAUAGGUUUAGCCAAGGCAGCUGAGUACGGGUCCGGUUGGCUCGAGAUAAUUGCAGCCUUCGAAGCCGAGUACAAGUCCAAGUCCGCCCAAACAUCUAUCUCAGACGCUCCUGUGACCACAUACACUCGAGAGGAUAGCCAACAACCGCAGGCAGGGGAUCAGCCAUCGAAACAAAGGCAGAUCAGAACUGUGGGACGUUCAAAGGAAAUAAUCCUCACACAACCCUUCCCAGGCGAUGAUCUAUCAUUCGAAAUUAGUCAGAGACGACCGAAUGCAGUCGAAGCAGCCGAAGCCUCGUCCGAGAAAGACGAAAGUGGAGACUACGGUGACCCAGGCAUUGAAGACGCAUUAGAGACACUGGUUACUCCCCAGUCAUCUCAACAGCUAAAACGGAAGCAGAAUGAUGGCUCAAACCUUACUGCUGAGACAAAUCCUUCCCUAACCCACGACUUUAAUUCAACGUCAGCCCCCACCGUGCAACCGAUGGAUAAAGGAGUGGUAGACCCUGAGCCGUUAAGCCAGGAACAAAAAAUACUACGAAAGAAACUGGAUGCCUACGUCAGAAGCGUAGUUUGGGCGAUGGAUCCGAAACCUAUUCAUCCAAUAGUUUCUGAAGAUACUCUCCAAUGUCUCGUUGCUACACUGCCGCAGACACAAGACGAAUUACACCAAGUACCCGGCAUCGAGAGGUUUCUCCGGGCUUGCGAGAUGGCAAAGAAGGAUCUCUGGCGGACGUUCUCAACAUGGAUACAAGCCCCAGGGCUCAUACAUCGUGCACAAGCCAUAUAAUGGGGGUAUAACCAGAUUCUGCAGGUGUUUUAUUCGGCCAAGGUGCUUAUAGGUACUUCAACAUUUACUCGCGACUUUCCCUCGACAUUGAUGUCGCUACGAUAGUAGGACGGCAGAGGCUCCAGUUAUAGCCCCAACUCAGUAGGUACUCAACAAGGAUGUCUAAGAGGUAAUCAGGGAGAGAGAAUAUUAUGAUCGUCUGAACGGGAUAAGGGAUCCUACGGACGCCUUAGGUACACCUAAGGAACUGUGAAUUAUCACCGCCUUCCAAAGCUAUAGUCGUAUCCAGCGAGAAAACCUCCGUUAUCAUUUAAACAAACCUAAACCUAGGUGAAAUCACCCACUAAUAAUAGAAUAAUACAGGGUAUGGCUGGAUUGAUCAAUUAGGUACAGCUAUGCUUACCUAUACUGGUUAUGGCUGAGCUCGUCAGC